UGUAAUCCCAAAUCCUAACCCCUACCAAUCCAAAUCUGAUUACAUUUUUCUUCCCCAAUUCAAAACCCUAGAAACCCUUUUUCUAACGCUAACUCCAAUAAUACCUAGGAAUUACCCUCAAACUCAAUCAAUUAUCACAUGGCCAGGGACCAGGCGCUCUCCCUGCUCGCCGCGGCGAACAACCAUGGAGAUUUGGCCGUCAAGUUAUCCUCAUUGAAGCAGGCCAAAGACAUAUUGUUUUCUGUAGAGCCGUCGCAGGCGGCGGAGCUUUUUUCCUACUUGGCUGAGCUCCAGUCUUCCCCCGAACCGUUAGUCAGGAAAUAUCUCCUUGAGGUAAUUGAUGACGCUGGGGCCAAAGGAAGUGAACAUCUUGUCAUAUUAUUUCCCGUCUUAUUGACAUUUUUGAAAGAUAAUAAUCCAAUUGUUGCAACACAAUCUAUUAUCACUGGCACAAAAAUUUUCUCUAGCGUGCUGGAAGAGCUGGCAUUGCAGUUUCAACGGCGUGGUAUAGUUCAAAGAUGGCUUGAAGAACUUUGGACAGGCUUGAUCAAAUUUAGGGAUGCUGUUUUAGGCAUUAUCUUUGAGGCGGGGCCUAUUGGUCCUAAGUUGUUAUCGAUAAAGUUUCUUGAAACAUUUAUUUUAUGCUUCACAUUGGAUUCAACUGAGUUUGAUAUGUGCAACCCUGAAGUGAUAGCGAGGCAAGGAAGUAUGUUUAAUGUCUCAUGGAUAGCGGAUAGUCAUCCUAUUCUGAAUCCUCAUGCGCUCAUGUCAGAUGCAAAUAGACAUCUAGAGAUCUUAUUAGAAAUAUUGCUGUCAGCUAGUAAACUUCCUGGUUGCAUGACAAUUACUGCUGUCAAUAGUCUUGUAGCUAUUGCAAGGAAAAGGCCUGUCUACUACAAAACUGUAUUGAAGGCACUGCUUGACUUUAGUCCAAGUAUAGAGAUGGCUAAAGGCCGCCAUACAGUCAGCAUUCAAUAUUCUCUGAGAACUGCCUUUUUAGGAUUUCUAAGGUGUACACAUCCUAUCAUGACCGAGUCGAGAGAGAAACUGCUUAAAGAGUUGCGAGCAAUGAAUGCUGGAGAUGCUGCUGAUCAAGUUAUCCGACAAAUGGAUAAAAUCAUGAGAAACAAUGAGCGUGCUUCACGUGAACUUCAGUUCAGUAAGGAUGAUCAGCUGUCAAGUCAGUUGCAUAUUUCAGGGGAGUUGACAAAGAAAAGGACAGCUCAAUUGGACAAUGAAAAUCAGAAUAAUAUCUUUGAAGCCUCUUCUAAGAAGUCACGUCACGGUCCCCAUAACAGUAAAACUACCACUGCUAGUGAUGCCAAGCAGGAUCAUGUUAAUGGCAUAUCUGCUAAGCCCCCUGUAUUGGAUGGGGAUCUGACUCCAGUGGAGCAGAUGAUUGCUAUGAUUGGUGCUUUAAUUGCCGAAGGAGAAAGAGGAGUUGAGUCUCUGGAAAUUCUAAUAUCAAAUAUUCAUGCUGAUUUACUUGCUGAUAUUGUCAUCACCAAUAUGAAGCACUUGCCAAAGAAUCCACCUCCUUUGACAAGAUACGGUAACUUAUCUUUGAAUCAUCCUAGUGACACUAGUGAUCCUGCCCAAGUAGUUGGAUCAAAUGGUUUUGCAACUUCUACGCAGAGUUUGGACCAUUUGGCUCAGUUACCUGCUUCAUCAUUGAGCACGACUAGUGGUGCCGUUUCAGAUACAUUUGCUACUGCUAAUCUAUCUACAGAUUCUAAACGUGAUCCACGAAGGGAUCCUCGGCGCCUUGAUCCAAGGCGCUUGGUGGCUCCUACGGAUAUGUCCCAAACAUACGUUGUGGAAGAAAAUGUUGGUACUGUCCAACAUCCGACUGUAGAGCCUGAUUUCAAUCCUGUCAGCUCCUCCAGUGUACUCUUAUCAGCACCUCAAUCUGUGCCUGAAUUUGCUCCUCAGCCUCUGCCCACAAUUGAAACUGACAUAAAUCUUCCAGACUCACCAAUGACAAUCGAAGUUGAUGAGCCUAUCCAGAAAUAUGAAGUCCAUGAUUUUGAUGCCAAUGUAAUCACUCCAGAUAAGGAUGCAAACAAUUAUUUACAUCUUUCACCAUCUAGUGGCAAAGAGGAGGACGUUGUUUCUCCGGCAUCAAUGGAUCUAGCCAUGCUUGAUGAGGCCUACUCCCCUUCAUCAGAAGCGUCUGAUGAACUACCGCCAGAUAUUCCAAAUGUUGAAGCAUCUGAGAGUGCAUCUGCUGAGUUGCCAGUGCUUCCCUUAUAUAUUGAGCUUGAUGAAGAUCAUCAAAUACGUGCAAGAAGACUGGCACUUGAACGGAUAAUUAAUAAGUACCAGAAUUCACAGAGAACAGAUAUUAAACAAACACAAAUUGCACUUGUCGCCCGACUGUUUGCACAGAUUGAUGUUAGUGAUGUGAUUGAGAUGGCGCAGAAACUAAUCAUAUCAGAUUAUGAAGAGCAAAAGGGUCACGAGCUUGUGUUGCAUAUCCUAUACCAUCUCCAUAGUCUUGUGAUCUCAGACUCUGCAUCAUCUGCUGCUGCUGUAUAUGAGAAUUUCCUUCUGGGAGUGGCAAAAUCUUUGCUAGUGGAUUUACCAGCAUCUAACAAAUCUUUUAGUCGACUUCUUGGUGAAGUUCCAAACAUACCUGAUUCUGUACUGGGAAUGUUGGAUGACAUGUGUACCAAAAGUCAUUCUGGAGCCGAUGGUCGUGAUGGUGAUCGUGUCACUCAGGGCCUUGGUGCAGUGUGGAGCUUAAUUCUUAGUCGUCCUUUCAUUCGUCAAGCAUGUCUCGAUAUAGCUUUGAAGUGUACUGUGCACCCAAAGGAUGAUAUCCAGGCUAAAGCUAUACGCCUGGUGUCAAACAAACUAUAUGCAGUCAGCUAUAUUUCUAACAGCAUUGAGCAAUUUGCAAAAAACAUGUUCUUGUCAGCUGUAGAUCAGCAUUCUUCAGAUGCAUUGCUAUCAGAGUCUGCAAUUUCUGACAGAAGAAUUGGAGGACAGGUAGAAGGUGCAGAAACAUCCACUAGUGGUUCUCAAGUUUCUGAGCCUGAGAUUUCUCCAGAUGAGACUAUGAAAGGAGUCCUGGAUGAUUCAUCAAAUAUAUUUUCUCAAGCUCACAGGCACAUGUCCUUAUUUUUUGCACUCUGUGCUAAGAAACCAGUUCUUCUUCAACUCGUUUUUGACAGUUACACCCGUUCUUCGAAGGCUGUUAAGCAGGCUGUCCAUCGUCAUAUAACUGUUCUGAUGAGGGCUCUAGGGUCAUCGUAUUCAGAUUUACUUCAUAUAAUUUCAAAUCCACCCCAAGGAAGUGAAGAUUUGUUGACACAGGUUCUUCAUUUGUUGUCUGAAGGGCGAGCACCACCUACAGAUUUGGUGGUGACUGUUAAACAUUUAUACGAAACUAGGCUAAAGGAUGCUACUAUUCUUAUUCCUAUCCUAUCAGCCUUCUCUAGAGAUGAGGUUUUACCUAUUUUCCCUCGGCUUGUCCAGCUUCCUUUGCCUAAGUUUCAAAUGGCAUUGGCUCAUAUAUUACAGGGUUCUGCUCAUACAGGUCCUGCAUUAACGCCUGUCGAAGUCUUGGUGGCAAUCCAUGACAUUUCUCCUGAGAGAGAUUCUCUCCCACUGAAAAAGAUCACAGAUACUUGCUCAGCAUGCUUUGAGCAGCGCACAGUUUUUACACAACAAGUCCUGGCAAAGGCCUUAAACCAGAUGGUUGACAGAACUCCACUUCCCCUGCUCUUCAUGAGAACUGUAAUUCAAGCAAUAGAUGCUUUUCCAUCACUGGUUGAUUUUGUCAUGGAUAUUCUGUCUAAACUUGUUAACAGGCAGGUUUGGAGAAUGCCAAAACAAUGGGUUGGCUUCUUGAAAUGUAUCUCUCAAACACAGCCACAUUCCUUCAAAGUAUUGCUCCAGCUGCCGUCUCCUCAGCUUGAAAGCGCUCUAAGCAAGUAUCCGAAUCUUCGUGGACCUCUUGCUGCAUAUACAAACCAAUCAAGUAUUAAAACCUCUGUGCCUAGGACAACCCUAGUGCUUCUUGGCCUUGCAUCUGAAACACAAAUGCAGCAACCGCACGCAGUUUCAUCUCUGCAUGCCUCCGAUGGCCCAACAUCUACGUGAGACAAGCAAACUGGAACAGAAAAGUUUUACAGGUUGAAGAACAAUCAGGGUGAUUGUUGCUCAAAUGGCCGCAGGGACAACACUUGUGUGCUCUUUACCUCGACUUUGGUGCAGGACAGGCAGCAUGGCUUUGGAGCUGUGGUUUGGAAUUCCCGCCUCGUAUAUUUGGUUGGUAGUAGUUCGCCUUCCCCUGCUCGAUGAGGGAGCCGUGAGUCAAGCGAUGGCUCCUCCAUAUGUUUCUAGUUAUAAUUUUUCUUCUUUAGGCAUUCUCUGUAAUCAAUAACCCCCGUCUUUAUUUUUAAAAAAUGUAUGAGAAUUGUAGCUGGCGUUUAGUAUUUGUAGGCAAAGGACAUCCCAUUUACAGAGUGUAGGAUGUUUGAAUGGUAUAUCCAUCAUUUAAUUACUUGCGCAAUUCUUGCUAUAACUGCAAUCUGUAUGAAUCUGGAUAUAUAUAAUGAAUUUUGUCCCUAAA